UUCGCUAAAUCGUAAACGUGUGUAAGUGUAAAUUUAAACGAUGACACGAUUAAUGUGUGUGGCACUGGCACCGGCAGUCCGAGUGCGAGGGUGUUUCGAUUAGUUCGCGAAAUGAUGAUCGUCUUCGUCUCGAACUCGAGUGUGAUUUGUCGGUGAUCGAUGAUCGCGGUAUUGUGAUAUGUCUUCUUCGGCUUGGGAUAAACUUCUGCGUUCGACCGGUGGUGCUGGGGUCGGGGGUGGCGGUGGCGGACGUAUCGUCGCCGCAGUCGCGACCAAGGCAGAGUCGAGGAAUUCGAUCGUAUCGAAUUACAGCGAAAAUAGCCUAUCGACUGAUCGACUCGCGUAUCAAAUUCGUCCAAAAGAAGACUCGAACGAUGAUAGCGAUGUAGAACUAGAAGUGAAUUAUACGAACGGAGGUAAAAUUCGGUAUGCGAAUGAGAACGCGAGUUUUUUCGGCACACUCAACAAGCACUUGUCUCAGCUGAGUAAAUGGUCGCUGAGCAAGAACCAUCAUAAACCGAAAACUGUUUCAGCUCCGCCGUCGUUGUUCAGGUAUCGACAGACCAGAUUCAGUUCGCGCAGAGUCCGCCGAAGAGUGGUUUUCAAGCAUGGAGAUUGUAACGUCGUGCAAGGAAAUGUCGCCAAGAGAAGAAGAAGAUAUUUGCAGGAUAUUUUUACGACGUUGGUAGACGCUCAGUGGCGUUGGACGUUACUCGUAUUCGCGCUGAAUUUCAUCCUCAGUUGGCUGGCCUUCGCUGUGAUCUGGUGGCUAAUCGUCGUAUCUCACGGUGACUUCGAGAGCCGUCCAGAAAAUACCUCCAAUAAAACCGAACAAUCGCCUAAGCCUACUCCAUGCGUCGAAGGCGUAACAUCGUUCACAUCGUUGUUCCUGUUUAGUGUAGAAACGCAGCAUACUAUUGGAUAUGGUGCUAAACAUAUCACCGAAGAAUGUCCCGAAGCUAUAUUUUUACUCUGUUUGCAAAGCAUUUUUGGAGUGAUGAUUCAAGCGUUCAUGGUUGGCAUCGUGUUCGCCAAAUUAUCCAGACCGAAAAAAAGAACCCAAACGUUGCUGUUCAGUCGGAACGCGGUCAUUUGCCAGAGGAAUGGUCAACUUUGUCUCAUGUUCAGAGUUGGUGAUAUGAGGAAGUCUCAUAUUAUCGAAGCUCACGUUAGAGCGCAGCUGAUCAAGAAAAAAGUCACCAAAGAAGGAGAAAUCCUUCCAUUUUUCCAGCACGAAAUGAAAGUAGGAGGAGACGGCGCCGAAGACCGUAUAUUUUUCAUCUGGCCGACGACGAUCGUUCAUAAAAUCACACCGUCAUCGCCCCUAUAUAAAUUAUCGGCAGCCGAUAUGCUUCAAGAUAGAUUCGAAAUAGUGGUCAUUCUAGAAGGUGUAAUCGAAUCGACCGGAAUGACUACUCAGGCUCGUUCAUCGUACCUGCCGAAUGAAAUCUUGUGGGGCCAUCGGUUCGCGAAUCUAGUCUCAUUCAAGAAAGAAACCGGUGAACAUGAAGUCGACUAUAGUCAGUUCAACAAUACGUACGAAGUCGAUACGCCAUUAUGCAGCGCUUACAGCCUAGAUUUACUCCUCUCCGGCCAACAGUCGCUCGAUGGAAACAAUUUGGACGUUCCUUCGACGGAGAGUGCUUGCUCCAACGAAUGCCCCCCGCUCACUCCCAGUAACUCGGUCGAGCAGAUCAAACUACCCAAUGACAGUAUUAUUAUAACGUUGCAACCAGCUUCCGAAGCUCUGAUCAAGGAUCCGGAUAUUAUUCCUGGACCAGAAUCGAAUAUUUAGUCGUAAAUUGAUUCGAUUGUUCGAACGAGAAAGCAUACAGACUGUUCUUCUUUUUUUUUUGCCAUAAAUCAUAAAGGCCUACCUAUACACGUUUUAUUUUAUAUAUUUUUUUGUUAUUGUUUUUUUCCUCUUUUUUUAAGCAUUUCGUUUCGUUAACGCGUUAUUAUUGUACAUAGUGAAUAUUGAAAAACAUUUUGUAUUUCUUUUUACGAAAUAUGCGGACGACUUUUAGUUAUAAUAAUUAUUGUUUUAUCAAGUCACCGACUGGUUGACUUAGAGGUACCUAUGCGUACUGUACGUAUAACAUUUACCUAGAUAUGUAUGUAGAAAAUGGUGCUAAUGUGACAAUUCGAGGUUAUCGGUGAUAGUUUUUAUCUCACGAAUAAUAAAAAUUGUGUACCAUACUUCGCGAUUCCACAAUAUUUCAAGCGAAAAAAAAAAAACACAACAGUGAGAUACUCGGACGUAUAUUUUUAAAUGUUUGGUUAAGUACCUAGUACAUGCAUACCUACCUACCUACACCUAGUACAUAGUUAUGUGAUAUUUGAAAUAGUUUUAGGUAUAAAUGAAUUGUUUAGUA